GUCGCCACCAGCCAGUACUCCUACAGUCGUGGGAUCCCGUAUGAUACAUAUUUGGGCCUACUUUAUACCUAAUUAGGAUCAGUAAGCUUACGGUGGGGUGAUACUGGAAGUACUUGCGCUUAUAUCUUGUUUGCCAUACACCUUCCUUAUUGAGGUAGAGCCCAACACUGCGUCAAAUCAUCCAGUAAGUCAUGCUAUACCUUUGAGAGGCGUUAGCGCUCUCACACAAAACGGCACACCACGUACCUGCUUGUAGGAGCUUUCUUAACGCCUUUGAAGUGCGUCUAAGGAGGCGGCGGUGUUGGGCUACAGGUCUUAACUGUUCAACUGAUAUCGCAGAGCGGAGGUAGGAAGUCAUGAACGGCACCUUUGUGACGUCUACAUUCUGACCUGGCAAAGAUGGCAAACAACAUGGAGCACGAUACUCUUAACCUUGACCAAUCCAAAGGUCGAAGCUCAACGGGUUGUUGGACUUGUCGCAUCCGCCGCAAAAAAUGCGACGAGAUAGCUGGAAACUGCUCGGUCUGCACCUCCCUUCGACUAAAAUGCGAUGGCUAUGGGCCAAAACCCGUGUGGAUGGACGGGGGUAUCCGGGAAAAGCAGAAGGCAGAAGAGCUGAAACGAAGAAUCAGACGCCAUCGAAAACGAGGUCAGAUCGUGUCAACGCGACUCUCUGAAUCACGGCGCCAGACGCAGCGCCAUCACAUGGAGCCACGACGCGAUAAUGGCAUUUCACAGCGAGCGUUGAGCGGGAAGCUGUCUACCAAUACAGGGCACACAUCAUCUCAAUUGGUAGGCACUGGUGAGACCCUGCCAUGGGCAGCAGACUCAAGAGGAGGACUCGAUCAAGUUAGCCACAAUGCGGAUGAGGUCUCCCUGGACGAUUCUUUCAAGGCCAUGGUGGGUUUUGUUCAACAGCCUAGAGUCCACACAGGGGCGGGAAAUGCCUACCCUGCGCCGGCAGACAAUAUAUUUGAGCUUCAGUGGCCAGGUACUCUCAGUCCUGUGGCCCGAGAUCUGGGUCAUGCCUCUCAAAAACUUGUAUGGGCCGAUAUAGGAGAUAGUCUGUCACCGACCGACAGACUAGGCAAGGGUCUGGCAGAAGUACAGAGUCACCAGGACUACUCAAGCAAUGCUGUGCUCACGGAUGUUCAGGGUACCUCUGGCCGGUCUGACGGAGUCUUUGAGAGUGAUCUGGAGCAGUUCAAGAAGACUGGCACUGACCACGGUGAGAACGAUAUUUUCGAGGCAUUCAAUUUUUCGCCGUUGCCGUGGGAGCACGUGGAGACCAUUCUCGACACUACUUUAGAGUACAACGGAUCGACUGUUGAUUUGAAUCCCAUUACUUUGGACAAGCACUGCCAAGACGAUGGUUCACAAAGCUGUGCAGAAAUAGCUCAGGCAGCCAUCCAAACAACUUCGGCUGUCAAUUUCUUCGUGCAAACCAUACUUCCGAACCAAUUCCCGUACGCUGAAGGCACAGUCCGGUCACGCUUGCGAGACGCCAUUCUUAGUCCCCAAGAACUGGUCAGACGAUUGAUACACUCAAUUGUUGAAACGACUGUUUAUUCCGUACAAGCUCAUGCCUUGGAGAGAUACGGCUUGAAAACAUCGUCAAAGCAUCGUGUGUUGUCGCCUGUUGCGAGCCUGACGAUGAUCGACAACAUCUUUGCCUCUGAUCUGCAAAGCAGCGACAGUGUAGUUCAAACGCAGUGUUUGGAGGAAGCCAUAGUGCCGCUGAUACAACAGACGUUGUUGCAGAUCGAUGACUCUCAAAAAGGCAGUGAUGUACUGGGUGGUAUUGCGAAAUUUGCUGUCAAAACCCGCGUCCUGUUCGACCCAGAGAGCAUCCUGCUGUCAUUGUCUUAUGGAUUAUUAGCCGCACUGGACCUCAUCAGCACUGCGACCUUCAACAAGCCGCUCAACACUUGGCCAUUGCCCCAUAGUGUCGCCCUCGCAAAUGCCUACCUCGUACACAUGACAGGCUGCCAACCGUGGGUGUUUCAAAGAAUCCUUGAUAUCAUCAACCUUCGGGCCUGGAAGCUCAAUGUAACGAAGCGCGGAGCCCUGAACGUAGUGGAACUAGCAAAUAAAGCCUCAAAGAUACAACUCGACAUUGAACAUUAUAGGGUUGACCUCGAGACGGGCCGGGAACACCCCCAUCAAACCCCAACCGACCAAAGCACCAGUAUUACAACCAGUAGCAGGGUCGGCAACCUAGAAGAGGGAUCGUACAAACAGUGGCCGACAGAUUUCAGCCAGGACACCCAGCAGAUAACCGAAGUAUAUGCUCAUGCUGCUGAGAUUUUUCUUCACACCACAACCUCGGGCGCAUACCCUGAUGUGUCUAGCAUUCGUGACGCUGUUUCGAAGACGGUAUCCGUCAUACAACGCCUAGGCCAUCCGCACUUACUGAAGAGCAUGUCCUGGCCAAUCUGUGUUGCCGCCUCCAUGGCAGGUCCAGAGCACGACUUGUUCUUCUCUUCAAUUGAAGAGGGAGCUAGAGGCGAUGGCGACUACAGCUUCAAGCUUAAUCGUGCUCUGGCUAUCGCGAAAGAAUGCCAACGGCUUCGGAAGACGAACACACUGGGCAUAAGCGCUCAAGACCGCCGUGUCUACGAUUGGUUCGAUGCUACGAGAAGUCUCGGUCAGGAGUGGUACUUGCUUUGACCUCCGGGGCGUCCCUGUAAGUUAGAUAUCAGUCAUGCAGAUGGCUCCGAAUUUGAAUCGCGACGCGUUUACGCGGGCCAACUUCUCGCCUGGAGGCGGAAUUCUGGAAACGCGACGCGAUUCCCCGCAGAAUACUAGAGUAGUCAGAAGUUAGGUGGCGGAUGUAAUGAUGGCCUCAGGCAGGAUAGGAUGUCCUACGUCAAGGCUGCGGAGUGCUCUCUGACACCCUAGCCAAGAUCUACAGAGCCAGGUCAAGUGACCUACAGAGUGCUUUGUUACUCUCUUGCUCUGUUACUUUACUGCUCUGUAUUUAUGGAGCAGGUUGCAUAACUCUACAGGUCUUCUUAGCCUGCUGGAUAGUUAGUUUACUAUUAUAAAUAGUAGCCCUGUGCUAAGUCUUAUGUCUAUUAU